AUGAAGGCUUCAACAGUCCUCGCCGCCGCCACCGCCGCCGUGGCCCCGGUGCGCGCGUCGGGCGUCUCGAGCGCGACCGAGGUCAAGUGCGCGCGGCCCAACGCCAGCUUCUGCGUCGCGGGCGACAUCAUCCUGCGCUGCGACAGCUCGGGCGUCGGUGUGCCCGGCCGCUGCUCCGCAAACGUGGCCGGCUAUCCGCCCCUCGGCGGUACGGCCGUGUGCUACGAGAGCGCUCCGAAGGCGGGCGAUGCGGCGUGCCAGAAGAACUGCGUCGUCUACGCCAAGCCCUCCUUUACCCUCCCCGCCGACCAGUGCACGCCCAGCGACACGCCAUCGAGCCACAACACCCCGCGGAGCAACAUCAUGAGCAUCCCCGAGGGCUCGGGCCAGCCCGGCGAGACAGGCUUCAUGACCAUCCCUGAGGGAACCGGACGGCCCGGCGAGACGGGAUUCAUGACCAUCCCCGAAGGCACGGGAAGGCCCAGCGUGACGGGAAUUAUGACCAUUCCCGAGGGCACCGGACGCCCUAGCGAAAGUGGCAUCGCGAGCACCCCCGAAGGCACCGGCCGGCCCAGCGUAAGCGGCAUCAUGACCAUUCCUGAAGGAACGGGGCGUCCCACCGACACGGGCAUCGCGAGCACCCCCGAAGGCACCGACAUCGGCACCGCAACGCCCAUUGCUCCCACGAGCGGCAGCACCGUAAACACCGCCUCACCCUCUUCGUCUCCGUCUGCGCCAUCCCCCUCCUCCCCCUCCGGUGGCCGGGGCUCCCCGUCCAACCGGCCCAGUGGCACCUCCUCGUCCGGCAGCCAGACGCCACCGGCCGCGACAGCUGGUGCGUCUGCGAACAGCGCAGCCGGUGUCUUGGCUGCUGCUGCUGCCGCCGCUGUCGCUGCCGUCGCCUAUGUCGUCUGA